AUGUAUGGUGAUUUGAUAGAAUUACCAGUACAAAGGCCCUCUGUAGCUUUACUAGAUAGUGAGAAAGAUUUUAGGAUGUUAUCUAGAAAUGAAGAAGAUCUGUCAGGGAAAAGAGCCAUGACGAAGAAAAAAGAAGUUGCUGAUAUGGAUCCACUGUAUAAUAAUUUAUCCUCGGAACCAAAAAAUUUCUUAGACUGUGACCGGUCAAAACCGGAUGCAUUUAAUACUGGGCACAGACAUAAAGAACUAGAGCAACUAUGUAGAUGGCUAUCGGAAGUACCCUAG